GCCAGUGCUGGUCUGUCAGCUUCAAACGUCAAUGGAGACCAAACACAGCAAACCUUCUUUUCUUAUAUAUUUAUAUAUAUUCGAGAGAAAGAAGAAAAAACGGAAAUUUUCCUAGCCCAUUAAAUUAUUGAUGUUAUUCCUAUUCAAUUUCUGUCCAAAUUCCAAAUCCCACUAGGCCACUACAAGAGAAAGAAGAAAGAAUGGAAAUUUUCCUAGCCCGUAAAAUUAUUGAAGCUAUUCCUAUUCAAAUUCUGUCCAAAUUCCAAAUCCCACUAGGCCACUACAAGACAAUAAUCUAGGGUUUUGGCAUUUGUUUGUUGCUUUCUCAUGACAAGAAUAAAUUUCACAUGAGUACUUCGAAAUGCCGACUUUAUUCUUUAUUUCUUUCUGAUUAAAACCCCAAAUUUCAUAUCUUCACUAAAAGCAUCCGAUCCUAGGAUCACCAACUUCACCUAUAAAAGCCUUCUUUUUUGUUCAAUUCUGUAGCAUUUUAUAGAGAAAGAUGAGCACUUCAGUUUUCAACUCAGUUUGCUUUGAUCGAGGGUGCUUGUGGAAGGGUGAAGUGAAAUUCUCAAAGUUGGGCAAACGUAAUGAGGAUAGGCUCUAUGUUGGAAGAUCCACGUUAUUGUCUCCCAGAAGCUUGCAGAUUAGAAAUUCUAAGCAGGAAAAGGAUGUUCGUGUUGCUCUUCUUGGAGCUAGUGGUUACACUGGUGCAGAGAUUAUUCGACUUCUUGCAAACCAUCCUUUCUUUGGCAUUACUCUUAUGACUGCUGACAGAAAUGCUGGCAAAUCGAUAGGGUCUGUGUUUCCUCAUUUCAUCACACAAAAGGAUCUACCAGUUUUGGUUUCUACAAAUGGUGCAAGUUUUUCUGAUGUGGAUGCUGUAUUCUGUUGUUUGCCUCAUGGAACCACACAGGAAAUCAUCAAAGCUCUUCCCAAGUGGUUAAAGAUUGUUGAUCUUUCUGCAGACUUCCGACUAGGAGAUAUUUCUGAGUAUGAAGAAUGGUAUGGUCAGCCGCACAGAGCACCAGAUUUGCAGGAAGAAGCCAUAUAUGGUUUGACAGAGAUUUUCAGAGAGAAAAUAAAAAAUGCUCGUCUGGUUGCUAAUCCUGGUUGUUAUCCAACAUCAAUUCAACUUCCUCUUGUUCCUUUGAUAAAGGCUAAUCUCAUUGAAUUUAAAAAUAUAAUUAUUGAUUCAAAAUCUGGUGUCAGUGGAGCAGGACGUGGUGCAAAGGUGGCAAAUCUGUAUACUGAAUUAACAGAAGGAAUUAUGUCUUAUGGUGUUACAAGGCAUCGUCAUGUUCCAGAGAUUGAACAGGGACUAUCUGAUGCUGCAGGUUCAAAAGUAACUGUCAGUUUCACCCCACACUUGAUGCCAAUGAGCCGUGGUAUGCAGUCAACUAUAUAUGUGGAAAUGGCUCCAGGAGUAACGACUGAGGAUUUGUACCAGCAAUUGAAGCUUUCCUAUGAGGAUGAAGAAUUUGUCAAGUUAUUGGAGAAAGGAGUUGUUCCUCGCACUCAUGAUGUUCGAGGUUCUAAUUAUUGCUACAUGAAUGUCUUUCCUGAUCGAAUUUCUGGUAGAGCAAUAAUUAUAUCAGUUAUUGAUAAUCUUUUGAAGGGAGCUUCUGGCCAAGCUGUACAAAAUCUAAAUAUAAUGAUGGGAUUUCCCGAAAAUACAGGGCUAAGCUACCUACCCUUGUUUCCUUGACAUCUUUUAUUCCUCAUCCCCAGAGCAGUUGUUGCAGGUAUCAUGGAAUGCAACUUUUUCUUUCUGAAAGCUCCACUGUCUUGAAGGUCUGGAAAUAAGUUAACCGCUGAGUGUUACUAGGAACAUGGGCCAACUUCGUAAGAUGAGAUAUGCAAUUAGAUGAUAGAAACUUAUCCACGGGAGAUUAUUUACUUGCCAAAGUUGUAAUGAUUCCUGCUAUUGUCAUGGCCCAAUUUGUGUUUUUUAAUCUUAAUUUCAUUGGGCAAAAAAUUUUCAAUCA